AUGCCGCCUAUGCCAGCGAAUCGUGGCCCUCAAGGCCCUUCUACCGUCGACAAGCUAAAGAUGGGAGCUUUGAUGGGCGGUACUGUCGGUGUCAUAAUUGGCUUUCUUUACGGGACUGUCAGUAUUUUCAGAUAUGGACCUGGUCCAAAUGGUAUAUUUCGAACACUAAGCCAGUAUAUGCUUGGAUCUGGCGCCACAUUCGGAUUUUUCAUGUCGAUUGGAAGUGUAAUACGAACGGACGCAUCCCCCAUAGCGGUUGAAGCGUUUGCGCGAGCUCAACGACGACCUUUCAUUAUGCCCCCAAGAUCGGACGCAUAUCGAUCUCGGAAUCAAUAA